CCGGUGGUGUUUCUCAUUCAUUUUGUGCUGCUCUCUCUCUCUCUUGUCUUCUUAGUUCAGUCAGACGGAGCUCACACUUUUUCCACACACACUCACACCUUUUUGGUUAGAGAAAUCUUACAAAAUCAAACGAAACAGCAAAAAUGUUGGCUAGGGUUUGGAGAUCGGAAUCUGCUUCAGCUUCAGCUAGAUCGGUCAGCACGAGACUGAUUCAUCUUCGUUCCGCCAAGACACGUACGGCUUCGAAGAGCUUACCUUCUUUGGGUGAAGGUACUUUUGUAGGAGAUGAAUUGAAACUGAGAAGUGGGUCUCAUUAUAUCAAAAGCUUAGAUGAUGCGAUUGUUUUGUUCGAUGAAAUGGUUCGAUCUCGUACCUUCUACUCAGUUAUCGAUUUCUGUAAAUUAAUAGGUUUGGUAGUGAGAAUGAAUCGUCCCGAUGUUGCGAUUUCUCUCUAUCAGAAGAUGGAACUGCGCCGGAGUCCAUUUGAUGUUUACAGCUUCACUAUUCUGAUUAAAUGCUUCUGCGACUGUCAUAAGUUGUCCUUUGCUCUGUCUACGUUUGGGAAGAUCACCAAACUUGGUUUCCAGCCCAAUGUUGUUACGUUUAGCACGCUGCUCCACGGGUUAUGUCUCGAUGAUAGGAUCUCUGAAGCCCUAGCUUUAUUUUAUCAUAUGGUUUAAACGGGCGGUAGACCCGAUGUUGUAGCGUUCAACACACUGAUGAAUGGUCUUUGCCGUGAGGGUCGAGUUCUCGAAACACUAGCUCUUGUUGAUCGGAUGGUAGAAAAUGGUCAUCAACCUAACGAAGUUACUUACGGAGCAAUCAUAAAUGGAAUGUGCAAGAUUGGCGACACUGAGUCAGCUUUGAAUCUGCUUAGGAAGAUGGAUACAAACCACAUCAAAACCGAUGUUGUAAUCUAUACUGCCAUCAUUGAUCGUCUUUGCAAAGAAGGGCAACACAGCGAUGCUCAAAAUCUUUUCACUGAAAUGCAUGAGAAAGGAAUUGUUCCCGAUGUUCUUACCUACAACUGUAUGAUCGACGGGUUUUGUAGCUUUGGUAGAUGGAGUUAUGCUGAAAAAUUGUUGUGUGAUAUGAUUGAUAGGCAAAUCAAUCCUGAUGUUGUAACUUUCAAUGCAUUGAUCAGUGCAUUUGUCAACGAAGGCAAGCUGUUUGAGGCUGAAAAAUUGUGGGACGAGAUGCUCCGUAGGGGUAUAUAUCUUAAUACAGUCACCUAUAACUCAAUGAUCCAUGGAUUUUGCAGACAUGGUCGUCUAGAUGAUGCAAAACAGAUGUUUGAUUUGAUGGCUUGUAAGGGAUGUUCUCCAGACGUAGUUACUUUUAGUAUUCUCAUUGACGGAUACUGUAGGGCUAAGAGGGUUGAUGAUGGAAUGGAACUUCUCCGUGAGAUUUCUAGAAGAGGCUUAGUUGCUGAUACUGUUACUUAUAAUACUCUUAUCCACGGGUUCUGUGAAGUGGGAAAUCUUAAUGCUGCCCAGGACCUUUACCAGGAGAUGAUUUCUCAGGGUGUCUGUGACCCUGAUACCAUAACUUGUAACAUUUUGUUGUGCGGUUUCUGCGAAAAUGGGAAACUAGAAGAGGCAUUCGAAUUGUUUGAGGUCAUCCAAAAGAGUAAGAUGGAUCUUGAUACUGCUACUUAUAACAUCAUCAUCCAUGGAAUGUGCAAGGGUAGUAAGGUGAACGAAGCAUGGGACUUAUUUUGCAGUCUCCCCAUCGAUGGUGUUGAGCCUGAUGUUCAAACUUACAGUAUAAUGAUAUCUGGAUUCUGUGGAAUAAGUGCAGUCUCAGAGGCAAAUGCGUUAUUCCGUAAAAUGAAGCACAAUGGACAUGUACCUAAUGGCUGCACAUACAAUCCACUAAUCAGAGGAUGUCUUAGAGCUGGUGAAAUAGCUGCAUCAGCUGAACUUAUCACAGAGAUGCGAAGCAGCGGGUUCAGUGGAGAUGCAUUCACCAUGAAAAUGGUUGCUGAUAUGGUAUCUGAUGGUAGAUUGGACAAGAGUUUUUCGGAGAUGCUGUCUUAGUGUUUCUUGUGAAGAGGUCCUCUCUUGAUCUUGUUCCUUCUAUGGUUUUAUAACAUGUGCUUGAGAAAAGACAAAAAUCGUAAGAGAAGCAACAAAAGAAUUAUCAAUUGGAGGCUGAAUAAAAAGACUGGAAGAUUUUUCAGAUUUUAAAACUUUUUCUUUCAUACUAAUUAAAAUUUGUUAUACCGGUAUCUCUCAUCCUUUUUUGGUCUUCUUGCAAACAUGUAGAGAAUUGAGUUAGCUUAUUGUGUGUGUGUGUUUAUUCUGUUAGAUUCGGAUAUUUAGGUGUGGUGUUUGGUCUGGCUCCCAAAAUUGAAUCGAAAUCUCAUAAUCACUGUGCUUGUAAUGAAUGGCUACCGGUUUUUGUAAAUUUGAAGUUUUAGUCAUGAUUUUAGGAAAUGGUCUUGUUAUCAUAAGUUUCAAUUUUGUUAUCUUAAGUUUGUAAAAAAGUUACUGUGAAAACGAUAAUUGGCAAAACAGUUAUCAUAAGUAAGUCUGCAACUUUCAUAUGCAUCCUAUGAUUAGUCCGGUCUU